AUGCCCUAUAAACUCAAUGACAUGUCAUUCAAGGAGGGGCGUGAGUUAAAGAUCUGCCUCAAGCUCAAGGAUGACUGCAACUCCUUUGCCAUCAACAUCGGUCAUGAUUCUGAGAACAUCGCGAUGCACUUGAACCCCCGUUUCAACCACUGCAACGACACAAACACCAUCGUCUUCAACUGCCUGUCCGGGGGUUAUUGGGGUGAUGAGCAACGUGAGGGAAAUUUCCCCUUUGUGGCUGGGGAGGAAUGCAAGUUUUGCAUUAACUUCAACAGUGAGCAGUUUUACAUCAAGCUCCCUGAUGGCUCCAUGACAAACUUCCCCAACCGAAUGGGAGAAGUCAAGUACAAGUACAUAAACGUGUGCGGUGACGCAAGGGUCAUCAGCCUCAAGAUCAAGUAGAGGACCAGCUCUUCCUAACCCUUUCUGACCUGUCUGUUUUACAUUAUUGGGCCCAAGUUUCUUAUUCAAGAGCCGUAUGGAAACAUAA